CCCCGGGCGCCCAAGCCCCAGGCCGGCUCCUGUGCUUGCUUGGGCCGGAGGUGCGGCCCGGAAGGCUUGCAGGACUCGUCCCUUCCUCGGCGGCCCGGCGGGCGGCUUUGUUCCUCGCACGCAGCAUCUGCCCGGCCGGCUCCUCCUCCUUCUCCUCGCCCAGCGGCAAAGCGAGCCGCUGUCUGCGCCCGGGCGGGCCUUUGUCUGUCUGGCUCGCCCGCAGAGCUAACGGGGCUGCUGGGGAAGAGGGCGCUUUCGCAUUCCUUUAUCUCCAGAGAGCAGCUGCUGCAGCCUCUGCGGCCGUCUCCCUUUCCCGGCGGCAGCGCCCAUGGCAUUGUGACCGGCUUCUAAGCUCACCUGGUUUGCAGCGGGCAACGCUCGGGUUGCACCUCAUAAAGACCCCCGGAAUUGCCCUGGAAGGCACCCGCCUGGCCCAGGCUCGCUCUGCCUGUCUCGCCCAGCGCCUUGACCUUCUCGGGUUUGCCUGUCUUAUUGCCCCUACUUGAGUAAAGGUGACUUGCAAGUGUCAGGGCUUUGUUGGCAUCUCUUUGCUGCUUGGGGGUCUUUCCCUGUUGCUCCUGGGGGGAUGCCCUGCGACUCUAACCAUUGGCGAUGCCCUGGUAGCAGUGGCACCUUCUCCAGCAGUCUGAGGAGGCCAGGCAGGCCCCUGCUGUAAGGAAGAGAAGGUCUGCUUGAUGGACGCUGGGAUGUCAGGCAGCAGAGAGGAUGGCGGCGGCAGUGCAGCCGUGGUCAGGAGGUCAGAGGCUAGUGAAGGGGUUGCAGAGAGAGAAGAAGAGCAAGAAGAAGAGGGGGACGAAGAUCUCCGUGAUGGUGGAGUCCCCUUCUUUGUGAACCGAGGAGGACUUCCCAUUGAUGUGGCCACCUGGGAAAGGAUGUGGAAACAUGUGGCCAAGAUCCACCCUGAUGGAGAAAAGGUAGCCCUCAGGAUCCGUGGGGCCACCAACCUACCCAAGAUCCCCAUACCAAGUGUGCCUACACUCCAGCCGUCCACUCUUAUCCCUGAGCGCCUGGAGGCUAUACAGCGCUAUAUCAGGGAGCUUCAGUACAAUCAUACUGGAACACAGUUCUUUGAAAUCAAGAAAAGCAGGCCUUUGACGGGGCUGAUGGAUUUGGCCAAAGAAAUGACAAAAGAGGCCCUACCAAUCAAGUGUCUGGAAGCUGUGAUCCUGGGAAUUUACCUCACCAACAACAUGCCAACACUGGAGCGUUUCCCCAUCAGUUUCAAAACCUACUUCUCAGGGAACUACUUCCGCCAUAUUGUGCUGGGAGUGAACUUCGGGGGCCGCUAUGGGGCACUAGGCAUCAGUCGGCGUGAGGAUCUCAUGUACAAGGCACCCACCUUUCGCACACUGAGUGAGCUGAUCUUUGAUUAUGAGGAGGCAUACCGGCGUUGCUGGCACACCCUCAAGAAGGUGAAGCUUGGCCAAUAUGUGUCCCAUGACCCACACAGUGUGGAGCAGAUUGAGUGGAAGCAUUCCAUUUUGGAUCUGGAAAAACUUGGCCGUGAGGAGUUCCGGAAGGAGCUUGAGAGGCAUUCCCGUGACAUGAGGCUGAAGAUCAACAAAGGAACAGGCCCACCAUCCCCAACCAAGGAAAGGAAGAAGGAUGUGUCCUCCCCACAGCGAAGCCAAUCUAGUCCUCAUCGUCGCAACAGCCGGACAGAGAGGAGGCCUUCUGGAGAAAAGAAAACUACUGAGCCCAAAGUCAUGCCAGAUCUUAAUGGUUACCAAAUCAGAGUGUAAAGAGACUCGCCUUGUUGGUGGACUCCUGCUUGGAACAAUAUUUGGACCACAUUCGCCUGCAGCAUGCUCACUACAAGGGGAAGGAGCAGCAGGCACAGAGAGCUGCUUUUACCAAGGUGUUUCCUGCAUUGAUGAUUCCAGGACUGUAUCUUGUAGAUUAGAGCAUUUGCCUCUCUGGUUUUGUAUGGGAGAAGUGUUUUUAAAUCCUGCCAACUAAAUGAACCUUUUAAAAGUAUUGAACCUGGCAGUUGCUGGUUUAGUGUUUGUACAGUAUUGUAAGGAAAGAAAUAUCCUAUAGAGGUGCUACAACCUACUGACAUUCUUUUGACAUGGAGUAAUGCCUUGCUAGGCAUCUGUCUCCUCUUUCUACUUUGGAUGGAAUCAAGUUAGCAUGAAGAUUUCUAGAUAGGGGAAGAGAACUGGAAUCAAAAAUGAUGAUUCCUGUGGAAGAAUUUUUUUAAUACGUACCUUCUGAGCAUUUUAAUAUUUUCUAAUAAGAUUAGAAAGGGAGAGAACCAUAUCUUAAUGUAUAUCCUGAAAUCACCAAUAUAAUCCUUAUGCCACUGGUUCCAGUGAUGGAGUGCCUUGUACGCCUCCAUUCUGUCAUCUCUGCUGCAAGCUGACUGGUAAUAUUGUGUUAAAAGUCCCUUUAUGGGAAGCCACUUAGGAGGUGCCUGUGUUAUUGUGGACAGAAGGAAGGAGGGUGACAUCUGCCAAGAAAUUAGAGCCCCCUUGAAGCAUUCAAGAAAUUGUCUGGAGCUUAGGUUAUCGGUUCACUUCCUACUCUGGAGUGUGUUGGCAGAGCAUUGCAGGUCUUGGGGUCAUAGAAGAAUGCAAAGAUAAAGAGAACAGAUUCCUAAAACAAGGUUCUCUAAGUGUAAUGUGCAUCAGCAGUAGGUAGGUGUGUAUUUGUUCUUCCUACAUGCAGGUUGUUAAGCGUGUGUCCAGACUUGUUUGCCUCUGCAAACAUUUAAUGCAAGAAAGGGCUUCAAGCCACACAGCAUCCUGGGAUGUGUCAGUGGACCCACAUCUGAUGUGUUCUGUUUUGCUUCCAGUCUCAUGCAGGUUUUUCCUGUGGUUUAGUGUGAACAGGAAUGUUGCAUUAUCUGUCAGUUCUGUGGUUUUUUAAAAAGUGACUUGUGUCUACAUAUUCCCUAGAUUCAGAAUCUUUAUGGUAGAUGUCAGACCUAAUUACUUCAGGGUUUGCUGACAUUUGUUGUCAACAGACUAGAUGUGAUGAUGGUGAGCACAGCAACACUUAUAAAGAGUCCUUUUUGAAGAGAGAGGGUGGACACAAUGUUGAAAGAACUUGCUGUGGAAAGGAUUGCACUGGCUUUCCUGGUGAAUCAGGGAGACUGAUACAGAGAAUAACUACCAAGCCUUCUCCUUGUCCAAGUUGACUAGCUCACCUUCUCAUGGGGACCAGCUGGCUUUGGAACAGCAUGAGUCUCCAGUGGGUGAGAAUGUAGUGAGGAGACUUCAGAGCAGAGAAGUCAUGUAAAAGUUUCAUACCUGCCCCACAGUAUUGCAUUCCUCAAUCUUCACAUUUGAUAUGGCCAAUUCAGGCUGUAGUUUUCUUAUAACAAAAGGAAGUCUGGCUGGUAUGUCUUUUAGUCCUUACACACACACGCAUUACUAGUUUUUAAUACAGCAGGAAGGAGCUGGACUUCCUCCUGAUUAGUGACUUGCUAUGGCUUAAUUCAAACUACCAGCCAAUGGGAGCAUAGCAAGGGAUGAAUUAUCUAUCUGCAGAAACUCCUGGCUGUAGGAGCAGGCAGCAUUGUCAAACUAGCACUGUUGCAUUUGUGUGUUUUGUGGAAUCUUCUUUCUCCCUAUUUUAUAACUAAAAGAUUCAUUCAAAAGUGUACACAUAUUUAUUGGGCAGAUACAAAACUGUCAUGUUAGAUUGUGCUCAUAUCCAAAAAUUAAUGCUGGUUACCAGUAUUAUUUAGGGCCUUCUUUGACAAACUCAUUUCCUACCUUUUUCUUGUUUACAUAUGCAAGGAGGAAAAAUCUUUGAUAUGACUGGAUCACAUUUUUUUUAUUUAAAGAACACUUUCUUUUUUUGUAAUUUAAUUGAUUUUAGUUUUUAGGUAAUAAAAAACUACACUCUGAUGAA